AUGUCCAAGCGGAGUGGCAAUGCAAGUUUGCAGAAUGCUGCAACGCAAAUUCGGUUUUCCCAGCAGAACCCCAAAAGGCCCGGAACCGGCAGCUGGAAGAGGUACGAAGGCUACAAGAAGGCCAAGACGGUGGGAGAGGCACUUCACCUGGGCGCUGUGAAGGGUGACAUCGUCUUCGAUCACGGCAAGGGCUACUUAGUCAUCGCCGCUGAUAGCGUCGAGCCUCUCGAGCCUCCACGGUGUGAGACAUCCUCAUCGAGGAGCAGCUCCAGCCAACUUGCCACAGGCACCCCUGCCAAGAGUGUGAACUUGUUCGGGAGGGGCGGCAACCGAGAGGCGGUGCCGGCGGUACCGGUGGUACCGGCGGUACCGGUACCGGGAGCACCCGUACUUCGGAGUGAAGCUCCAGGCACUUCUGACCUUCGUCAGCCAGCUUCGCCGCAGCAGUCGAAGAGACCUGCAGAAGUCGCAAUGGCUGAGCCACAAAAGAGGCUCAAAGCGGAUUUGCAAGCUCCCGGGAACUUCGAAGACAUCGUUGCCCGGGUAGUCAAAAGUGCCCAGGAGUUCAGGAAGCAGGAGGACUGCCCAGACGAGGUGGCCUCCACAGUCCUGGACGAAUCUGAGGAGCAUGAGCCGCAGCCUGAUCAGAAGCAGCAGCAACAGAGAGCACAAGAACCCGCCGAAAGAGACGCAGAGGGGGUUGCCUCGUUCCUCCUGAAGCGCUUCCAACCGCUGAGCUUUCGCUGCCUGGCGGCGCCAGGUGAUGUCGAUGCCAUGAUAGGGCACCUGGCUUCGCAGACUCAGGCGGCACCAGGUGAUGUCCGUGCCAUGAUAGGGCACCUGGCUUCGCAAACGCAGGAGACUGGAGACUGGUGGGAAGGGGGGAGGGUCGAGUUCCUACCUGUCAACGCGGCGCCAGGUGAUGUCAGUGCCAUGAUAGGGCACCUGGCUUCGCAAACGCAGGCGGCGCCAGGUGAUGUCAGUGCCAUGAUAGGCACCUGGCUUCGCAAACGCAGGAGACUGGUGGGAAGGGGGGAGGGUCGAGCGGCGCCAGGUGAUGUCAGUGCCAUGAUAGGGCACCUGGCUUCGCAAACGCAGGCGGCGCCAGGUGAUGUCAGUGCCAUGAUAGGGCACCUGGCUUCGCAAACGCAGGCGGCGCCAGGUGAUGUCAGUGCCAUGAUAGGGCACCUGGCUUCGCAAACGCAGGCGGCGCCAGGUGAUGUCAGUGCCAUGAUAGGGCACCUGGCUUCGCAAACGCAGGCGGCGCCAGGUGAUGUCAGUGCCAUGAUAGAGCACCUGGCUUCGCAAACGCAGGCAGCGCCAGGUGAAGUCAGUGCCAUGAUAGAGCACCUGGCUUCGGAACGGCACUCAUCGCGGCCAGGUACCUUGAUGCCGGAGCUCGAAGAUGGCCAGGAUGAGUGCCGCAUUGCGAACUCGCAGGAGGAAGUGGGCGAGGAUGAAAUCAUCCUGCGAUGUCAAUUUGGGUUCGUGUCCGUCAAGGAGGAGCCGGAUGAAGAUCCAGACCUGCAGAUUCCAUGUGACAAGGCACACGCAUCAUCCUCGACCGCAAAGGAUUUAUGUCAGCUGUUUCAAGAGCAGCGUGAACGGUCGCAAGACGGCGACAAUCCCAACGAAGGGGAGGAUGAAGAGUUGGCAUCAGAGGCGAAGGCGCAACUCGAAGAAGCGCAGCUUUUGUCCUACGCGGCCAAAGAGUCGGAGCGAAAGUGCCGAGAGGACAACGAGCGAAGCCUCUUGCUGCAGGGGAGUAUCGAGCCGCUCGAGAACCUGGAUGAGGAUCUGGUUUGGGCCAUUACCGAAAAAAUGAUGAGCUGGCUGGAGAGUGCUGACAACCGCCAGCGUUUGUUCAAGUACCUGCACCUCACUGCGAAGGUGAAGACCUGGUACAAGGAAAAGGCCCAGGCUUACUUCGACGCCAAGAGAGGCUCCCUGAUGUCCCUGCUGGCACUGGACGAUGCCCCCGAGGCGUUGGCCAAGUUCCUCGAUGAGGAGACGGCAGCUGUUGAAAUUGCCGUUUUCGAGAUGCCUGAGAAGGGCAUGCACUGCCCCAAGCUCUUCGGCGUGGAGGGCGUUGGAGGCCGUGUCGACGUGGAUUGA